GUGGACCAUCAGAACGUGGUCAAGUGCCACGAUAUGUACGAUCACAACGGAGAAAUCCAGGUUCUGUUGGAGUUCAUGGAUGGCGGAUCUCUUGAAGGAACUCACAUCUACCACGAGACUCAUCUUUCGGAUCUCGCCCGCCAGAUCCUCAACGGGCUGGCUUAUCUUCACCGACGCCAUAUCGUUCAUAGAGAUAUCAAGCCGUCGAAUCUUCUGAUUAACUCCGGCAAGAAGGUUAAGAUUGCAGAUUUUGGGGUGAGCAGGAUUUUAGCGCAGACCAUGGAUCCUUGCAAUUCAUCGGUUGGGACCAUAGCUUACAUGAGUCCGGAGAGGAUCAAUACAGAUUUGAAUCACGGCCAGUACGAUGGGUAUGCGGGAGAUAUAUGGAGUCUGGGGGUGAGCAUAUUGGAGUUCUAUUUGGGACGAUUCCCAUUUGCCGUAGGAAGGCAAGGCGACUGGGCGAGCUUGAUGUGUGCGAUUUGUAUGUCGCAGCCGCCGGAGGCUCCGCCGACGGCGUCGAAUGAUUUCCGUCACUUCAUCGCUUGUUGCUUGCAGAGAGAUCCGGCAAGGAGGUGGACGGCUCAGCAAUUGCUGCAGCAUCCAUUUAUCAUGAGGGGAAGCCCGGGGGGUCAGAAUUUACAUCAACUGCUGCCACCUCCGAAACCUAUUCUUCCAUCUUCGUAAUGUUAAUCUUGGUUACUGUUUAAUUUUCAUGGUGAUUCUGUUGUAAUUUUUCAUAUCGAGGUGGGAGAAAAUGGAUAAUGUUGAUUAGCAAAAAGGGAAGAGGAGUUUCUACUAAUCUCAGGUACGAACUGUUUGAUCAUAUACAUGGAGUAGAUUGUAGAUUCUUUAAUCUCUGAGCUUUGUUUGUUAAUCACCCAAGUUCUGGGGUGUAUUGGAUUGUUAGAUCUAUGAAAAAUUUUGCCAUUUCUGUCCUGUUUCUAAA